AUGUUUAGUGGAAAAGAUUCCAAAAGGGACCAUUGCAAUAAGACGGUGGAGAUUUACGAAGACGUGUCUUCGCCACCAGUCACGCCGGAGAACUUUGGCAGACCGCUGACUUGUACAUACAGAUUUCGUGCAUUCCGGGGCUCGCCCAAGGAUUGGAUAUUGAGAAUCAGAUUCAAGAAGUUUAAAGUCGGCACGUUGAUCAACGGCACAACUUGCCACAAAGGAUAUAUGCAGAUUGUAGACGGCAACGCGAAGACGGACGUGUCCAAUAGAAAGGAGCCUGGUCUCUUUUGUGGAGAGAUAGAACAGCCUCAGACCUUCAUCUCUGAGACCAACUUCGUGAAGAUCGUCUUCCACGCUGAUAACUUCACUGAUCAGACUUAUUUUAGCUUCGAUUCUAGAGCUGAGCAGCAGUUUGAGGUCUACCUCCGCUAUGGACAGCACCCUGAACUUUAUCCCAACAGAAGAGGAGAGGUCGUGGCAGGGUCGUAUUGUGAAAGAGUGUUCAGGGACUGCCGACUGCAAACCUGCUACGUGCAGUCUGCUGCCUACCCCGGUGUCUACCCUAGGAAUUUGCAUUGCAGAUAUCACCUGAACACGAGGCUCCCAUACAUAAAGCUGUACAUCGAAAACGAGGAGUUCAACAUUGAUGGACAGCGUUGCGAAAACAUCAUGACUUGUCCCAUGAGACCUAUCACUUCAGGUUCAGAAAACUGUCCUUACGAUUACAUCAGGAUUUACGACGGCAAGGACGAGUCUGCGUCUGUCAUCGGCACCUUCUGUGGCAUGGGCAAGUUCCCUUACUCCAUCAUCGGGACUUCCCAGGACCUGUUCGUGGAGUUCGUCAGCUCGCCUGCUGGUCCAUUACUGAACACUGGUUUCCAUUUUAACGUGGGCAACUGGCCUGGCCACGUGGAGGCGCCAGGGUCCAGGGUCGGCACGUGUGACUGGCUGCUAACAGCUGAAUCCCUGAAGAAGUCUGGUGACACUGAAGGCAUAUUCCUCUCAGUGGCUCACUGGUACCCACCUCACACUUCUUGCACUUACCUCAUGCAAGGAUUUCCUGGUCAAGUUGUCAGGCUAUAUUUUCCAAGCUUCCGAAUCAAUCGCAUAGAGUCUCCGAUAGUGCCUUGGACGGGAGAUUGCGGGGAAUCCCUGACCCUUUACGAUGCCCCGAGACCUGAUGACGCGAGGAUCAUAAAGACCUUCUGUGACACCUUCAGCAGACCCAUGGAGAAACAUGACUUUGUGUCUACCGGCAACGCUAUGUUUGUUCGGUUUGAGAGUAAAACUGGGAGUUACAGUGGGUCUUCCCUCUAUUACUGGGCUCACUACGACUUCUUCAACAACACCCGAUUCGGUGAACCCGUUCCUAACACCGCUUGUGAUGAAGUCAUCGCCUCCUGGAAGCAGAGAGCUGGUAGGCUCAGGUCUCCCCUCAACACCCUGGUCUAUAAGCAAGCGCCGGUGGGCGAAGAUGUCCAUUGCUUGUACAGAUUUGUCACUGACAAAAGGAUUUAUGCAAGAGUUAUUCUUACCAUACUCAGCGUAAAUUUCAAGGAACACCCAUAUACGCCAGUGUCGUGCCAAAACUGUUACGAAGAUCGUGCUGAUAAGUUAAUCAUUUGGGAGCCAACACCUGGUGGAAAGUCUAUCAACUCUUCCAUAGGAGUAACAACCACUCCAUUACCCCUACACUUAGCUGUUCAACGCUCACUUGGUUCAUGUCUUUGUGCAAAACAUGCAAAUACAGUAUCUCGAGCAAGACCUUAUAGAGUCGUUUCAUCUGGAGAAACUCUGAAUCUGCAGUUGAUUGUAGAUAAUGCCCACGCCGCAGCGUCUUACUUCAAAAAUCCAUCCCCACUUUUCGAAGCUCGCUAUGAAUUCAUCCACGGUCCAUUGUGUGGACCCGCCGUACUUGCUGCUGCAUCAGAUGGUGAAAUUGUCUAUCCCCAUUUAGAAGCUUUAGGUUACACUGAACCUCCCAAGCGAAUACAAUGUAUUUGGGAUCUAGAAAUAGAAGAAAAGAGAGAUAUAUGGCUGCACUUCGAUAGUAUAAAGUUCGCAUCCCGUCAUUGCGAAGAUGGAAAUAUACAAAUAUUCCUACCUGGAAGAGUUGAGCCUUAUUUGUCCAUUUGUGGUGGAAAUGUCUCCGAAACCGACAAGCUGCCUAUAUUAUCUGCUGGUGAACUUGGUUUCGAAUCUUUAGAUGAUCCGUUAGUAAUGGAGAAGGAAAAAACUAGAUCUAUUCGAAUAGUAUUUAUAGGUAGCGCAUCACCAGCUAGGGCAGCUUUCAAAAUUGCCUGGACAGGACUAUUCCACUUGCCUAAGAACUCAGAUGGGACAUUGAUGACAUCUCGCUUGACUGAUGGUGGAGCCAAAGCUGACGGCCACGGGUGUGAUUUCAUUUGCCCUGGCGAGGAAGCGCUUUGUAUUCCUGCAAGACUGAUAUGUAACGGUGUUGUGAAUUGUCCUAAUGUUACUCAUACGUCGGGAGAAAGAAAAUUCUGGACGGCAGAAGAGAAGAGAGCUAGAGAAGCUUAUUCGGAGGAUAGUUUAAGGCGUCUUGGGUAUUUGGAUGCGUUGAACGGCAUUCCGUUGGGACAGUUGCAUGAUGAGGCGCCAGAAUUGUGUGCUGGUGCGAGGAGUUCUGUCGGUGGGGAUUGGACAGCACCAGCUUUGGGGGCUGGGUUAGCGAUCGCUCUUGCCGUCUGUGCAUUGGGCGCCGCUUGGCGUCUAUGCUGCCGCAAACGAUCUCCAGACGAAGAGUCAUUGGAUUACUGA